UAAUAAUAAUAAUAAUAAAAAGAGAGAGAAGACGACGCGACGCCAGAAGCCACCAGAUUUAUCCAAUAUUAUCAUUUAUUCAUACCUGCUCAUCACCGGCAUAUUGAAAAAAAAUCAAGAUGGGUUUACCAAGAGUUUUCUUCGACAUGACUGUUGACAAUCAACCAGCCGGUCGUAUUGUCAUUGAGCUCAGAAGUGAUGUUGUUCCAAAAACAGCUGAAAAUUUCCGUGCAUUGUGUACUGGUGAAAAGGGUAUUGGUUACAAAGGCAGUAUUUUCCAUCGUAUUAUUCCAAAUUUCAUGUGCCAAGGUGGUGAUUUCACUAAUCAUGAUGGAACUGGUGGAAAAUCAAUCUAUGGACGUAAAUUUGAAGAUGAAAACUUUGACUUGAAACAUACUGGACCUGGUGUAUUGUCAAUGGCUAAUGCUGGUAAAAAUACCAAUGGUUCUCAAUUUUUCAUUACAACAGUUAAAACAAGCUGGUUGGACAAUGCUCAUGUUGUUUUUGGCCAAGUUGUUGAGGGUAUGGAUGUUGUUAAACAACUCGAAGGUUAUGGCACCCAAAGUGGCAAGACAUCAAAAAAAAUUGUCAUUGCUGAUUGUGGACAACUUUCAUAAAUUAAAAACAAUUUAAUAUUUUGAAAAAACUUCUUUUUUUUUUAUUCUACUAUAUACUUUCCUCUGUUACAUUUCAAAAAUAAUAAAAAUAAUAAUACAUGAUUUGAAUUAAAAUUUUGAAUGUAUUUUUAUUUUCAAAUUAAUAAAUGUCCAUCACAAUACACA